ACUCAGGCGAAACUUCUCAUCCACCAAGCUUCUUCCUACAUUGCAGUCAUGUCGCUUCUUACCAUGGGCCAAGAACACAGAGGAACUAGGGCAAACAUUGCCUCAUUCGUAAGUUUUUCUUGAACAUUGCCUCUUUCGUAUGUUUGUAAUUAGUUUUUUAAAAGUCCAAUAUAAUGAUUUUUUAUAUUGUUUGUUUUUAAAGGAUCCCAAGAAAUUUCGUCAACGUUCACACCCAAUGCCUUAUCCAGACCCAUGGUGCGUACCUUACAUAGAGCGUGCGGGUUUCGGUCAUGUAAUGCAUGUCGUAAAUGCCACCAUUGAUGCCAAAUUCAUUUUGGCUCUGUGUGAACGUUGGAGACCUGAGACACACACCUUUCACCUACCAACUGGUGAAUGUACCGUCACAUUAGAGGACGUGUACAUGCUUUUAGGUCUUAGAAUAGAUGGUAAGCCUGUGACCGGAAAUGUUCAACAGCCUAACCAAAUAUGUGUUCAAAUGUUGGGGGUAGAUCUGGUCGAGGGUGAGGGGUCUGCCAAAGCAAGGGGUCAGGGUAUUAAAUUAUCUAGCCUACAAUUGUACCACGACUCCAUAACUUUGACUGAGGAAUCCUCCGAACAAGAAAAAGUCAUAAAAACCCGGGUUUACAUUAUGCUAUUGUUUGGGAACUUGCUAUUUCCCGAAGGGACGGGAAAUAGCAUAAAUUUUAUGUACUUGAGUUUGCUCGGGGACAUUGAUAGAAUAAGCACAUAUAGUUGGGGUUCUGCAGUAUUAGCAUUCCUAUAUAGCUCUUUGUGUAAAAAUGCACAAAAUGAGCACUGUACAUUUUCUGGAUGUGCUUUUUUGCUUCAAACAUGGGGGUGGUGGAGAUUGCCGAGGCUAGCCCCAGAAAAUCCUAAUGACUACUCCUUCCCCUACGCAACUAGGUUCAUUACAACCGGACUGGAUUACAGUCUUACCCCCAAAAAUAAAAUUAUAUUUUAUCGUCAACUGUUGGAUCGUCUCCGAGCACAGGAUGUAUUACCACUAAAUCACUCAACUUCUAACUGAUUUAUUAAUGUCAUGCAUUCUCGAUAAAUAACAUAUUUACUUUUUUCUUUGCAGUUUAUUU